AUGGAGAGACUACAACGGACGCGUCAAGCGAAUACGACCGUGCGCAGGCGACGCUCCAAAUUGGUGGCAGUGUUUGUAGGAGGAACGAGUGGGAUUGGCGCCGCAACGGCCAAACAGUUGGCCCAGACAGUUGAAUCCCCCACGAUCUACCUGGUCGGUCGCAAUGGGUCGGCUGGCUCGCGGGUAAUAGAAGAGCUCAAUACGUUGAAUCCUCGUGGAACAUUCGAAUUCAUCCAGUCUGAUGUAUCACUCCUUCGCGAAGUUGAUGCCGCCUGCCAAGAGAUCCAAAAGAAAGAGCACCAGGUGGACCUAUUGUUCAUGACACCGGGCCAUCUAGCGACGCGGAAGAAUGAUACAGUGGAAGGGCUCGACAAUAAUCACGUGCUCCGCUACUAUGCGCGAAUGCGAUUUAUCCACAACCUCCUCCCUCAGCUCGAAGCUGCCAACAUUCCCGCCAGAGUAGUCAGUGUCCUAGCGGCAGGGAGAGAGGGUGAAAUCGACGAGAGCAACUUUGACCUUCAGGCCUCUUUUUCCUUUGGCACUGCCGCGACAUACGGGGCGACUAUGAACUCAUUGGCGAUGGAGUACCUGGCUGCCAAACACCCCUCUGUCACUUUCAUUCACACAUUUCCCGGAGUUGUGCAGACGCCGUUGAUGAAGUCCAGCUUUGGAUACAUACUCGGAUCGGUGAUUGGCAUCGUGACCAAGCUCAUGUCGAUAUCGGAAAAGGAGAGUGGAGAGCGCAACGUCUUUAUUGCCACAUCUACAGCAUAUCCACCUGCAGCACACGCUGGAGACUUGUCGGCUGACGGCGUUGGGGUCGCAGUGGCAUCGAUCGGCAAAGUUGGCGGUGGCUCGUAUCUGCUUAAUUAUGAUGGACAAGAUGUGACAAACCAAACGUUGAUGAGGAACUACCGCGAGAGGGAGUACCCGACGAAGUUAUGGGAUCAUACGUUGGAUAUAUUCCAGAGGGUCCUUGGAUUGAAUACCUAA